GUUCUAAGGUGUAGGAGGAAAAUAUUACAAUGAGUCACCAUCCUCCAGUUUCCUGUAUUCCAAACACCACGAAGAUGUCGAAAGCUAAGAAAGUUAUUGAAGAAGCUCGGGAGAUAAAUAAUCCCGAGAUAGAUCUAGUGGAUAAAGGGAUCUCGAACCUGGAGGAGAUACCUGGGUUGUUCACACUUGCCAACAUCACUCGUCUAUCCCUAAGCCACAACAAGAUUUCAACCGUUCCGGCCGCUCUCGCCAACUUGAUAAACUUGGAGAUCCUGAAUCUUGCCAACAACCACAUCGAAGAACUGCCCGUCAGCCUAUCUUCAUUACCCAAGCUCCGGAUCCUCAAUGUAUCGCUUAACAGGCUCAAUACAUUGCCGAGAGGCUUUGGAGCGUUUCCAGUGCUGGAGAUAUUGGAUCUAACUUACAAUAACUUGAAUGAGAAGACGUUACCGGGGAAUUUCUACAUGAUGGAGAGCCUUAGGGCUCUGUACUUGGGAGACAAUGACUUUGAGUUGCUUCCGGCUGAAAUUGGGAACCUUAAGAAUCUACAGAUUCUAUCAAUGCGAGAGAAUGACCUAAUUGAGGUACCUCGCGAGUUGGGACAAUUGGCGCGCCUUCGUGAGCUGCAUCUGCAGGGCAACCGCCUUGUCGUACUGCCACCCGAAAUAGGAAGCAUGGACCUAGCCAGCAACAAGUCUGUACUCCGCCUAGAGGGCAACUUCUGGGUGCCACCCAUCGAGGACCAGCUCAAGUUAGGUCCCAGCCACGUCCUAGACUACCUGAAGUCUGAAACGUACCGUGUGUUGUACUCCAGGCACGUGUCGGCUCGCCCGCCGCCGCCGCCUCAAACGCUGGAUAAGAGCAAGAAGGCCAGUCGCGCUAGAUCUUAAGUUUCUAACACGAGUUUGAACUUUAUGUACAGUAGUUAAGUUCUAUAUUAAAAUGGCAGGGCCAAUGGACGCGAGUCAAGGGCGCGCUGACACGUAAAUAUGGAUUGUAAGUAAAGUACAUAAGGUUCAAAUUCCUACAUCAGUCUUAUACUGGACUAUUUUGGAAAGUUGCUUGAUAAGAGCAAGGCCGUCGUGAUAGGUCUUAACUGUUUUUAAUACCUAAACAUUACAUCUAUGUCCCUACUUGUGCGAUGUGCGUGGUAGAGUUAAUGAAAUUCGACGUAUGUUAUUUGUACUUAUGUGAGGACAUAGCAUAUAAUUAAAAAGAUAGAAAACUGUGUGCCAUAACAUCUCAAACUAUGAAAUUACAGUAAAGUAUAAAAAUAUGGGUGCGUACAACUUACUCAAAAAUAUGCCCCAUAGUUCUUAAUUCGCUGACACUUGUGUCAGCUAUGGGACAUAUUUUUGAGUAUGAUGUGUGCACCCAUAUUUUUACAGUACCAGAUGCUUAAUUUGUAGGUCAGAAUUAUGAAUGUUUGUGUUUUCUUUAUUAAGUGUAAGUGUUUUUAUGUACUGCCUCUAAAUGAUCUUACUAAUUAUAAUUACUGAAAAGUAUUAACUGUUUAAACAAAUAUGUGUUGGUUGUGUUGUAAGUUAUUAAAACAAUUUAUUUGAAUAAAUAUAACUUUAUUCAUCUGGAUGAAACAUACAAAAUCUUAAAACGAAUUGAACAAUGUCACACAAGAUAAUAUUAAACAUUAUUAAUAAUGAGGAUCAAUUGAAGUGCACUUGACGAGAUAUUUUUAAGAGAAAUUUAAUAAAAUUAUUCUUAUAAUUAAAUGGUGCUAGCCUAAGACACAAUUAUUUUACAAAUCAACAAGGAUUUUAUACAAUUAAAUUAUUACUAACUA